UAUCUUGUUUUAAAUACGGCAACGCGGGAAGAAAGAGGCCCGUGAAUGAAACUGCCGCUGGGAGAUAAGAGGGGUGGCGACUGGCGGCAGAAAACCAGACGAGGCUGCGUGCGCUGCAGAGCCCACCUAAAGCAUCUUUCCGUCACCCGCCCGGUCUGGCUACAAGACUUCAUCCGAUGAAAGGCCUGUCCAACCAGUGCAUAAGGAUUUGCUGAAAAAUCUUUGCUAAUUUCUCAGCCGCUUUGCGGGAUUACAAUUUCUAGGGUUUCCAGAGCGUUAAACAGAGUUUGCAUUUCUAAGGGAACCUGGGAUUAAGAGUUUGGUUACUCUGUAAACUUCUACCACCACUUAAACUGACUUGAAAUCAGGUUAAUAAUGUGAUUAAGACAGACGGAUACUGGCACCAUGGAUGCACGUUUUACUCGUGGUAAAUCCGCUAUUCUUGAGCGGUCACUCACUCGACCCAAGACAGAUGUCAGCCUCAGUGCCUUUUCACUGCUGUUCUCUGAGAUUGUGCAGUAUUGCCAGAACCGGGUCUACUCUGUCUCUGAGCUUCAGAACAAGCUUUCUGAGCUAGGCCAGCAAGUGGGAGCCCGUAUCUUGGAUGUGCUGGUGAUGCGAGAGAAGAAUGGAAAGCGAGAAACCAAGGUCAUCAAUAUCCUGCUCUUCAUCAAAGUGACUGUGUGGAAAGCCCUCUUUGGGAAGGAAGCCGACAAGCUUGAGCAAGCCAAUGAUGACGACAAAACCUACUACAUCAUUGAGAAGGAGCCUCUCAUCAACACGUAUAUUUCAGUGCCCAAGGAAAACAGCACACUCAACUGUGCUUCUUUCACAGCUGGCAUUGUGGAGGCCAUGCUCACUUGCAGUGGAUUCCCUGCCAAAGUCACAGCCCACUGGCACAAGGGCACCACCCUCAUGAUCAAAUUUGAUGAGUCUGUUAUAGCGCGUGACAAAGCCCUGGAUGGACGCUAAGUACAUCCUGUGUGUACUAAUCUGAAUUGCUCUUCUGUAUAUAUGUAUUUCAACAAGAUUCUGAAAUAACUGCCCUGUCAGUGUUUGGGCAGUAUAUAGUGAGGGAGAACAAGGUUCAGUGUCUACAUCAGAGCAAGCGACUUGUGUUCCAUUCUCUGAUGCAGACAUAAUUUUUCUACAGCAUUGAUACAGAUCACCUAGGGCCCAAAAAAUGUACUUCCAGAAAUCUACCCUAAACUCCGUUCUCUUAAACUUGAUAGAUGCUGAAGAUUGGGGAGGCAAUGGAGAUCAUUGUUUUCCUUACCAAGAGAGAUUUCAUCCAUCAAGCAGGGCUAAAUAAUGUAGACAAAUGUAUGAGGCAUUCCUUUCAGUUGUUGUUUGGCAUUUCUUUGUUGCUGCCCUACUGAAAUUGCCACCAGAAGAUACUAAUGCUGGCCUCUUUGCUUUGGAGUUUGCUGUGAAGCCUCUGUGCUCACAUUAUUACCCCUUCCAGUUACUGAGGAUUGUACUCUGCUUGCUGUCUUGCCUGCAGGAAUGAGUCAGCAAAGCAUACCUCAGCAAAGCAGUUGCAUUCCAUAAACCUCUUAACAACUUGCCCAGCCUUUAGAGUUGCUAAGGUGUUCAGACAGAGAGCUUUAGAACAGAUUCUUCAAGGCCAGUUUGAAAUGUCUCAGAGUGGGUGGGGCCUGAGUGCUGGUGCUCUUCCUGCUCUGUAGACAAAAAGGCAACAAAGCUCUAAAUCCGGUAUCGGCUUUCCUGCUCUUCCAAUGGAAUUGCUAAGUGAAGGCACCAUUUGAGAAAUUGUCCCAGAGCUGUUCCUAGGGCUUUUGCAUCAGCACAAUUUGCCUUUCUCUCAGACCAUAGCAGGAAAUAGCUUUGUGGAGAAAAAUGUGACCUUUAAAAAGAAGAAAAGGGUGGGGGGAGACAUUUGUGAAAAUAACAAGAAUAUACUGUUGAAAGAAGCUUACUUCUUUAAAUCAGUCAAUUUCAGAUAUUCUGUCAAACUAAAUAAGGUCAAUAACAGUUCUGAAGAAUCUUCCUCCCCGUUAAUAAACUCUGUUAAAUAGCCCUUUUAAAGUUCUCACGAUGGUCCUGUUCUGUACCCAAUACAUUACAGAAGCAGUGGUAGCAUUCUGUCGAGAAGGCACUAGGUGGCAGUAAACUCCAUUGGCAUAUAUUUUGUUGUGCUGUUAAAGGGUUGUGAAGGAGAUUACUCUUUAAAUUUUGCUUCAUGUGAUUCUAAAGCCAUGUAGCGCCAUCUUAUGAAUGUUCAUUGGGAAUGAAAGAUCCCUGAUGCUGAAGAAUAAAGUCCUCUAGAACAGGGAUUAUCAACGUUGGGUCCCCAGAUGUUAUUGGACCUCAACUCCCAUAAUCCCCAACCAAAAGCCACUGGGGCUAGGGAUUAUGGGAGUUGAAGUCCAAUAACAUCUGGGUCCCCAGCGUUGAAGAUCCCUGCUCUAGAAGACUGAAAAAGCGUUGGUAACCACAGUGUGCAAGUAUAUGAUCUCAUCAGGAGAAUUUGUUCAAAAAAACCCCAUUGUAUUACAUUACAUGCCAAGUUUCCGUGUAUGCGUGUUCUGAAAGAUAAACUCUCCCAUCGUAUUCA